GUGGCGCUGGUGGCAGGGAAUGGUGUCCUUGGCAAGACGGUUCAGGAUGGAUUUGGUGCGGCUGCUCAGUUCAACGGUCCCAGUGGCUUAGUCAUUACUAAAGACAACAAUUUUUUGUAUGUAGCCAAUCAAGGCAAUCAUGUCAUCGUAGAGAUAGAUAUCAAUGCUGGGUCAAUGAGAACUGUGGUCGGAACAGCGGGAAACGCAGCGUGCUCGAGCGGUGUCGGGCCAGCGGCGGGGCUUAACGUCCCUGCAUACAUUAUCCUCUCACCAGAUGAACAAUAUCUUUUUGUCUCCGUUUGGAGUUGUCAUAGAAUUGCGAUGAUAAGACGAUCUGACUGGUCGAUGACGUUUGUCGUCGGUUCGGGGACCGGGGGUUAUGCAAACAAUGCGGUUGCGUUGAGUGCACAACUUUAUAAUCCAGCUGGUAUGGCGUACAAUGGUGACUUUACUGAGUUGUACGUUACAAGUUAUGCAAGUUCGUGGGUGCAGUCGCUUUCGGGCGCAUCCGGCUAUGUCAAGCGGGUUCGAGGUGGUGGCGCUGGAGGCGGGAUUGACGGCGUGGGAUCUUCUGCGAGGUUUGAGAGACCAACUUCGGCUGCGUACAGU